CCAGAUAAAUGAAGUUGCUAAAAUGUUGUACCAGCAGGGUCUCACUGAGCUCAUUCACAGCUCCCCCAGUGAGCAGGUGGCGUAUCUCCUGGUGGAGAGGGCUUCCCUGCUUGAGAUGAAUCAGGAUCCUGGUGAUGGAGACCCAGAGAGUCGACUGAGGACCCACGCAGAACCACUGAACCCCGUCAUAUGUCGCCCACCCACAAGAGGUCCCCACGACCUUUACAAAGCUCCUGGAAGAAAAUAUUUGGACUCCAUAAGACUUUGCAGAGCAAGCACACCUUCGUACCUGGUGGGGAGACACCUUUGGCCGGUGAACCAAGACGUUUGGAGAAGGAGUGUUCCCGACUGGAGCGGGAUGUGGAAGAAGGUUCCCGCAGGUUGGCCAUGGCCCACAACGAGAUCCGGCAUUUGAAAGAUGAACUGGAGUCUGCUCACUUUACCCAGAAAACAUAUGAGCCUGAGCUGCAGUCAGCACAGGAGGAGGUGAAGCAGCUCAGGAAGGAAGUAGGAAAACUAAAAGAAUAUGAAAUGGUUGAGCUGCGGAAGGCCAAAGAGCUUAAUGACCGUCUGGACCUUGAGAUCAGAGCCUUGAGAAACAGAGUCCGCUCCCUGGAUGCAGAGAAAAAGUCUCUGGAGAAGACGAUGGCGUGUCAGCAGGAGGACGUUGAGAGGUUGGAAUCAGCCCUGCAGGGGCAGCAGCGGAUAUUAAUGAUAGAGGUACAAGCUGACCAGGACAGAGAAGAAGAUAAAAUGCAAGGAGCUGAACUGACGACGGACGAUAAAUCACACAUAAUUUUGCAAGAAUACUUAACUGCACAGACACAACAAGCCAUGGAGAAAAAGGAGGGAGGUGUUGAAUCUCUGCAGGAGGUAGUGAAGCAGUUGGAGUUGGCCGUAAGGAACCUUCAGGGUUCUUACACGCUUCCGAUAGGCCAAGCUAGUGAUUUAACGAAUGUAUGUCCAGGCAGAAACACCGUUACAUCAAGCAAAAUUGAUAUCAAACGAACAUGA